UUUCGUAGGAACUAUCCGACGUCAGACACGGACGCAGACGGAAGUGUCAGUAUCUGUAAACGGAAGAGAGAGGGGUGGGUAAGGCAAGAGGUGCAGAGAGUGUGAGCCGCCGUUGGUGCCUGCCAAGGAGGGGAGUCCGAGCUUGAGUGUUAAGAGUGCGCGAGCUGCUUGGUAGUUGGUGGCGGCCGCGGCGGCGAAGGAAGGAAGAUGGCGGAUGGUGAUAGCGGGAGCGAGCGUGGAGGUAGCGGAGUGGGCUUUCAGCACCUUCCGCGGGAACAGGAGACUCAGGAGCUUGCUUCCAAACGUCUCGACAUUCAGAAUAAGCGUUUCUAUUUGGACGUAAAGCAAAACAACAAGGGCCGCUUCAUAAAGAUUGCUGAAGUGGGCGCAGGGGGUUCCAAAAGCCGCCUGACGCUUUCGAUGUCGGUAGCGGCUGAAUUCCGUGACUACCUUGGUGACUUCAUUGAACACUAUGCGCAGUUGGGUCCUAGUAGCCCAGAACAGAUAGCACAGGCCUCCGGGCCAGACGAGGGAGGACCGCGUCGGGCUCUUAAAUCAGAGUUUCUGGUGCGUGAAAACCGUAAAUAUUAUCUGGACCUGAAGGAAAAUCAGCGUGGCCGUUUCCUGCGCAUCCGUCAGACCAUCAACAGGGGACCUGGUUUUGGUGGUGGUGGACCUGGGGCUGGCCUGCAAACCGGUCAGACCAUCGCGCUGCCCGCGCAGGGUCUUAUUGAGUUCCGUGAUGCACUAGCUAAACUUAUAGAUGACUAUGGUGGUGAGGAUGACGAACUCGGAGGUGGUGCUGGUGGCCUCGGUGGAAGUGGAGGCUACGGUGAGCUGCCAGAGGGUACUGCGAUCACAGUGGACUCCAAGCGGUUUUUCUUUGAUGUGGGUUGCAAUAAGUAUGGUGUCUUCCUGCGUGUUAGUGAGGUGAAGCCGAGUUACCGAAACUCGAUUACUGUACCGCUGAAGGCUUGGGCCAAGUUUGGCGGUGCUUUCUGCCGUUAUGCAGAUGAAAUGAAGGAGAUCCAAGACCGUCAGCAGCGAGAUAAAGUAUACGAUAGACGGGGUGGCCCUCCAGGAGGUGGCAGCGGUGGACCAGAUGAGUCUGAGGGGGAGGAUGUGGAUGACGAUUGAGAAGGAAUUGGAACGGCGGGAGGAGAGAGGGGUACCACAUAUAGGGACAACUCUCCGAGCCGGAUCAUACCUGCAUGACGUCACCCGCCCCAGCCCCGGUCAUGGGGAAGUUAGGGAAGGGGGCGAGUCUACCAACCACCGCUGAACACCUCGUCUCCCUCCCUGUACGUAUUUGAUAGUGUGUGGAUUGUUUGACGCAGUACUGGACGUUUUAUGAAUAAAUUUGUGGUGUGGGGCAGUGACCCCGAUUUUUCUCCAUCCCUGGCAUCUUUCCCAAGAGUCAUCCGUGUUUCGAAAGGCAUCAUUUUAGUGCAGUUGUGUGGAUUGUAUGAAACUGUACAUGGAUGUCUUAUCAGUUGUAAACACAGGGAUAGCACUGCGCCUCAUCUUUCAAUCCUAAUCCUUGGUCGUUUUUUUCCCAUUUCCCCACAAGUUACUCAAGCACACAAUUUUGUCCAGUUUUGUCAUGUACUGAGUUUAAAAGAUAUAUAAAAUUAUAUAUAUAUAUAUAAAAAAUAAAGUAUAUAAUUCUGCAGAAAGUCUGAACUGAAACAGCUUGUAGACUUUUAUACAAUAGUAUAACAUCCAUCCAGUAGAGCACGAUGUGUUGGAAGAAGGACGGAUUAACAUCCCUACAGUCAAUUAUAUUAUGAGAGGGACAGGGUGGAGGGGGGACAGCAGUCAGUUGAAAUUUUUUUUUUUUAAUGAUUGUGGUUAUACACACCAAAAAACCUGCAGCUGCCUUUUAAGAAAAGAAAUGGACGUCUGAUAUUGUAGAUCCCUGCACAAGUUGUAGACUUUUGGGUGGUUGGGGCUGGGAAAGAGGAUGAAAAAGAUGAAGCCGCUUGAGUCAUGGUUGGCUUUUUUUACCUUGAUAAUGCAUUUAUGGUGAAGAGUUGAAAUAAUAUUGGACGUAUUGCCUGAAGUGUAUUUUCUGGUUGAAGAAAACUGAGCGAGUACUUGGUGUAUUCUGCAUUUGAUUGUUGUAACAUUUGAGUUUUUAUUCGAAGGGCGGCUUCUAUGAAUCAACAAAGAUUGUUUUUAAAACUUGGACAAAGUCUUUAAUAACCUCAGGUCUGAAGAUCUUGCACAUAAUUGUUAAGGCAAAACGUGCAUCAUUUGUGAAAGAAUGACUCAAACUGGAGUGCUUUUUAAAGGAGCAAGUUUCCUUUAACUUAAAUGUGCACAGGAAGUAUCAACAUCUUGGUUUGUCCUGUUUUGUACAUAGAAAACACACAGUGAUAUAAGCUACAUUUCUAUGUGAAAUCUACUGUCAGUUAUUCUUUUACAUAUAUGUAUAUAUAAAUAUAUAUAGCUUAAGAACAGCUUUUGUUCAGACUUGUUUAAGUGGCUGCACACAAUAAUAUAUAUGGGGAAAACUGGUAAGGGUGCUACACACAAUAUGGGGAAAACUGGUAAGGGUGAAAUAUCAGCAUCAGAAUAAGUUUGUGUGGCUGUUUUCCUUUGGGAAGCUGGGUUUGUCACUCACCAGCAGCAGUGAAUAUGAAAUCAAUCUUAAUUUAAACAUAGAUGACUGUUGGUAACAUCUGUGCUAGAAAGAAUCCGAAUAUGAGUUUGUCCAGUUUUAAUAAAUCAUUUUGAUGUUUCUUGGAGAAUAUGCUUUUCUGAAUUAAAAAAAAAGUCAAAUUCAGCUGUUUACCUCUUAACCUUUAGGCAGAAUUUAAUUAUUUAGUAUUGUAUUGAAUAGGAAAGACAUCUGUUCAUUCCAAAGUUGAAAACUUGGCACAAAUAACAGAGGGACACUACUUGUCCCUUUAUUUUAUUUCUGACUGCAUGGCUGUGAGUAGCUGACUCAAGUCCUCAAUCAGCACUUUUUUGUGAGUGCUGAUUUCUCCCAUGCUCUUUUACAUUAAGAAAAAGGGUUUAGAAAUAGUUUGUGGCUGAGAUCUAUUUAACUGAACUGAAAUGCACUAAUUUUAACUGUGGAAGUUAAGUUGCUUUUUUUUUUUUAAAGAAAAUCUUAGAACAGAAGCUUGUUUCAGCCGCAAUAUAUUUUUACUGCCUUUUCUGUGAAAACUUGACUGCCAUUGUUCUCUUAAUGAUGUUGACAUUUUUCUCCAUUGCAAAGAAUUUGUUUUUGUAAGGGAGCAAUAGUAUUUUUAGAGAUUUUAAUUACGUCCAUAUUAUUGUACUGUAUUUGUAUUAUAAGGCAGCUGUUUGUUUACGUCCUGCUGUAUUCACAUAUGUGUUCAGUUGUAUUCUUUCCUUGCAGCAGAGAACAAAUCAGUGGUUCUGUAAUAUCACUCAAAAAACUGGGCAUUCAGUAUAUAAAUAAAAGUCUAGAAAGGCGUUAACUUCUGGCA